UAAAAUACAUUGAAAUAUAUAAAUCAAAUAAAUUUUUCUCACUCCAUUAGUUAUAGUAUCAAAUCAGGAGAAAAUAUUGAAUUUACUAGGAUGAUUUUUUUAUUAUAUGUUUUGUUUACAUUUUUUGAAUUCUUCAGAAUCGAAAAAGAAAAAAUUGUGAACUCCUAUCUAGAAAAUAUUUCUUAAGACGUACAAAAAUUGAUGUUGCCAAUCAGGUUAUGACGUUUUCAGAAAAAUGCCAAGAACAAAAUGAUCAGGAAAUUGUACUGACAAACAAAAUUAUUUCCAGUCAUAAGGAUACUAUAGUAACAGAAUCAAUUAAUUUACCUUGUGGUUUGGUUGCAAGUAAUACAGAGGUGGAAACAUCACUUACUGGUAAUUAUCAAUGUGAAAUAAAUAUUAGUAGAAAUUCAAGUGUACAAACAGAAACAUUGAAUACAAAACUUCAAAAAUGGGUAGCUAAGUUUAACGUAUCACAUAAUUGUACCAACUCUCUUUUAAAUAUUUUGAGGUCUGAAAAUUUAAAUCUACCAAAAGAUGCUAGAACCUUAUUACACACUCCUACAGCAAAAGAACAUACUAUUGUAAGUGUUCCUCCUGGAAGUUACAUUCACAUUGGUGUCAAGUUUAUGUUAUGUAAAAUGUUAGGUGUACAUAUGAAAUGUUUUAAUAGUAAUAUUGUAAUUGAGUUAGGAAUUAAUGUUGAUGGUGUUCCUUUGACAUCUUCCUCCAAAUCAAGUUUUUGGCCUAUUCUAAUAUCUGUUGUAAAUAUACCUCAUCUAUCAAAAUUUGUUCUUCCAGUUGGAAUAUACCAUGGAAAGUACAAAAAACCUAAUUCAAGUUUUGAUUUAAUGAAUACUUUCAUUAUAGAAAUCAAUGAAAUCAUUAAAAAUGGAUUAACUGUUGGCAAUAAAAAUUUUAAAUUUAUCAUCAAACAUAUAGUUUGUGAUACCCCUGCUAAAGCCUUUUUAUUAAACGUGAAAGGUCAUAACGCCUAUCAUGGAUGUAGUUCAUGUACAGUUGAAGGUACAUUUACCAAUAACCGCAUGGCAUACUUGGACAUGAAUGCAAACUUACGCACUGAUGAAAUGUUCAGAAGCAAACAAGACGAGUUUUAUCAUAAAGAUUCUAGUCCUUUAGAAGAUCUACCUAUUGAUAUAUCUAAAACAGUUGUUUUAGAUUAUAUGCAUAAUAUUUGCCUAGGAGUAACUAAAAAAUUGCUUACAUUUUGGACUAAAGGUAAUAAAUCAGUUCAUUUAUCAAAUUCUGAUGAAGUUUCAGCUGAACUAAUCAAUUUAAAACCUUUCGUGCCUUCAGAAUUUUCUAGACUACCAAGAUCUUUAGAGGAGGUUGAAUUCUGGAAGGCUGCAGAAUUCAGAUCUUUUCUCCUUUAUUUUGGGCCUAUAGUUUUAAAAGGAAGACUAAAAAAUCAUCUUUAUAAUCACUUUAUGCUCUUACACUGUGCUGUCCGACUUCUAAUUAAUCCUGAAGUAUGUUACUCUCAUAAUUCUUUAGCAAAAAAUUUGUUGUAUAAAUUUGUUGAAGAAUAUUCUGGCUUGUAUGGACAGGAGUACGUGGGAUACAAUGUCCAUAAUUUAAUACAUAUGACAGAUUUUGUUUUAUUUCAUGGUGAAUUAGACACCUUUAGUGCAUUCAAAUAUGAGAAUUACUUGCAAUUUUUAAAAAAAAGUUGCAAAAACUUGAGGUAUCCACUCCAAGAUAUAUAUAACAGAAUCAUCGAACAAGUCAAUACUGAUACCAAAUGUGACCCCUUAAAUUAUCCAAUGUUGAAAAAUGAAAUAAUGUCUGAAAAUCCAAAUGAAUCACACUAUAAAAAAUUAAUUCUUAAUAAUUUUAUAGUAAGUUCAACUAAUAUUAGGGACAAAUAUUUCAUUUUAAAAAACCAAGAAUUGGUAGAGGUUAAUAAAAUUAUUAAAGAUCUCAAAGGUCAGAUAUCUAUUGUUGUAACUCCAUUAAAUUAUUCUGCAAUGUAUCAAAACCCUUUAUCAUCUUACUUAAUAAAAACAUUUUGUUCUUAUAAUGGGCAACAUUUA